GCCGUGUUGGCCCUUUGCGUCCUUCCGCGUCAGAUCAUGAGCACUUUUGAGAAGCCACUUGGAUUCUCCCGGAUAUGGGGGCCCGGAUGGGCCCAGCUAGCCCAGCCUCAUCCUCGGGAGCUUGUUCGCCAGUGGGGUCGACUGGUGAUUAAGAUGUGUAGCGCCAACGGGCCGUGUUGCAAUGUGGGACGUCGGACUCGUCUCGAUGCUUAUUACUUGCUCAUGAACUCCGUAAUAAACCAGAGCCCGUGAGCCGGGAGUACAGAAGGGUUCCAAGGUUGCACUUACCCACUCUCAUGGGCCACCAUAACGCCACCCGAUUUUGACUUGACACUGGACGAAUGCACAUGUGGGCGCUCUCGACGCCAAGGUUCCGCUCACUCGACUCGACCUCUUCUUCUGACCAUCUCACUCCAACAUCGUCCAUUCUGCCUCCCCUGCCUGUCCCUGCACCAUCCGCCUCCGAUGCUACGGUAGCAGGAAGCACGAAUCGUCCCGAGGUUCAGCUCUGGAAGCAUUUUGUACAUGACUUUGUCGUUCUGAAUUCAGCAACUCGAUUGUUACCCAGAUUACGAACCCACUCUCCGCGAAUCACCGCCCACGAUGGGUCUCUCCGUCUUUCUUGCAGCCUGGCCUCUCCUCUGCCUCGUCGCCAAUGUUGAGGCCCAGGUUGGCAAAGAUGGCGUCGUUGGCUUCGGCAUCUCCCUGUACGAGGACCUCUGCUGCCAGGCAUGUCACGAUUCGCUGUCCGCCCUGUACCUGAACUGCACCACCUUCAUGUCCAUGGACGAGGCGGGCGGCAUGGGCGGCAUGGACAUGAAGAAAAUGAAGAGGGACGACAUGGAGAUGGACAUGAUGGGCAUGACAAGCGACGAGUGCCGUGCUUCCAACGCGCCCUGGCUGCAAACGAUGGCCUACUGCAUCCAGCAGAACUGCAAGGCCGACAAUUACCCAGCCGGAAAACAGGCGACGUGCUUCAGCAACCAGGCACUCGCUGGGGCAUCCACGCCGACCCUGGAGGAGAGCCUUCCCACGGCGGCCCCGACCGUCGAGCUCGCGGCCGACGCCAUGUGGCUCAACGAGACCAGCCUGGUUAAUGCUGAGCUCUACUAUUCGACACACGGAACCCUUGGGGAAUUUGCGAGAUCUGAAUACCUUCACACAAGGUACUCGCUCAUAAUCUACCUUGUCACCAUCGGCAUCAUCCUCGUCUGUGGUGCCCUGACCCAGAUCACAGUCCUCUCUCCGGGCCUCCAGAAAAGCCUCCAGAACAACGGCCUCGUCACGAAACUCCGAUCAGCAGUGUUCAUGCCUGCUCUGUUUGGAUCUCGCCGGCUGGAACCUCUCCCAGCGCGGGCGGGCUACCUCCCAGGGAGGACACUCAGCAUCUUCAUAGCCAUCUACGUGCUCCUCAACAUCGUCUUCUCCGCCGUCGACUUCAAGAGCUUCCAGCCCAACAUUUACUUCUUUUCCAAGGGCUUCGAGAUUUGCGAAUAUGUCGGAAACCGCACAGGCACCCUCAGCUUCGUCAACAUGAGCAUCGCCAUCUUGUUCGCCGGUCGCAACAACCCCUUGAUCCCCUUCACCGGGUGGAGCCAGACCACGUUCCUCACGUUACACCGGUGGGCUGCGAGGAUCGCCACACUGCAGGCAAUCGUGCAUUCGAUCGUGUACACGACCGCGUACUGGCAGCCGGGGUAUGAAGGAGCGUCGGCGUAUGCUGCAAAGGCGGCGGAACCUUUCUUCUACUGGGGAAUUAUCGCAACCAUAGCAAUGAGCCUGGCCAUGGCCUUCGCCGUCUUGCCACUGCGCAUCAUGCUCUACGAGACGUUCCUGAUAAUCCACAUCAUCCUCGUCGUCAUCGCCCUGGCUGGCUGCUGGUACCACAUCAUCCCCCACUACGGCUACGACUGGGGCUACCAGGUCUGGCUGUAUCUCGCCUUCGCCUUCUGGGCCUUCGACCGCGUCGUGCGGGUCGCCAGGAUCGUCUACACCAACCGCCUCGGCGACUCAAAGGCAGUCGUGGAAUCAAUACCAGACAGCAACAUCAUCCAGAUCACCGUCUUCCCGAGGGUCGGCUGGGACUUCGGCCCGGGCCAGCACUGCUUCCUCUACUUCCCGGGGCUGGACAAGGUCUGGGAGAACCACCCGUUCAGCGUGGCGGGGUGGAGGAGGAAAGGGCAGACGCUGCCGGUCGUCUCGGCGCGCCGCAGCAUCAACGAGAGCGAUGCGAAGGACACCUCCGAAGUCAAGACGGUCGCCCACGAGCCUGAGGUUCAGGACUGCGUGGCGGUCCGCUUCCUCGUCCGAGUCCACUCGGGGGCGACACGGGAGCUCCAGAGGCGUCUCUCCUCGUGCUCGCCCGGCAUUAUGGAGAUGAGCGUCUACACUGAGGGCCCAUAUGCGGGCCACAAGUCGACCCUGCAGCCGCUUCUUGCCACCGACACGGUAUUGUGCCUAGUUGGUGGUAUUGGUAUUACAAAUGCCCUCGGCUUCAUCCAGGAGUACACGAGCGCGAACUCACGGGGGGCAGAGGGCGCUGGAGGGAAGAAGAAGAAGGGCGUCAUGAGGCAGGCGAAGCGGUUUAUCCUCGCAUGGUCCGCCCGGGAGAUGUCACUUAUCAAACACGUUAAGCGAAACUUCCUGAUUGGGGUGGAGGGGAUCGAAGGAGUCGAGUUCUCGUUCUGGUACACGGGCGGGACUCCCGCUGGCCAAAAGGAGGAACAGACGAACAACGGUGAAGGCCAAAAGACGACGGCAGAGGCAGCUCCAAAACAUGGGAGGAUGAACAUCGGGGAUGUAAUCAGAUCCUCCGUGGAGCCUGGGCACCACACCACCGUUCUGGUCUGCGGGCCUGGUGCAAUGGCGGAUGAGGCUGCGAAGGAGGUUGUUCAGUGUGUCAAGAAUGGCUCACAUGUUGACAUUGUUGAAGAGGCGUAUGCCUGGUAGAUUUGUAAUAACGAAACCUUCAUCUAGGAAUAGCAGUAAACAUCUGUUUGUUCAUACCUACUCAA